UCUUCCAACGGCCCAACUGACGACGCAGGAUGGAGAUAGAAAGGGGGAUUGCCUUGGAGCGAACAAGUUUUUCUCCUUUUGUUUUUUUUUAAGUGCCGUUUAGUUCAGCGGGGAGAGGGGAGGCGUGUGAGGGAGGAUCAGUAACAUUUUCCAGAGAAGACGGGUCGAACUUGUAGUAGUUUGAUUGUUGAGUCACAGACGGGAACUCCAACGGUUAAUUUGGACACAAAGUUGUGUGACUGACUGAGGCACCGCGGAGAAUGUAAACUAACCAAACCGUCCUCAGAUCAGAUCUACUGCGGUCACAGCUAGGUUGGCGUUUUUUGAAACAUUUCCAUGAGGCAGGGAUAGGAACAAAAAAACGAUGCCGUUGUUCUCGGUUUAGUGCAGCCCGUGAGUUUAAAAAGAGCCUGCGGAGAAGUUGAGAGAAAACCGGUUUUCCCUGGUACCCUGCCGCCGCUUUUGUGUUGGUGAAUGGUGCGGUGUUUUUCCUGUUUUACAGGGCCAACUGUGGAACACACAAGACUCAUCGCCACCAGACCUGCUCAGAUGGGGUUGAGAUAACGCCACCAGAAGUUCCACCCUUGUGCCGAACUCGAGCCUCCCGCAUUCACCCAGAAUGGCAGAUCCCACCGGGCUGAGCUCCGAAGGGGCCGGGUCAGGCACAGCCGAGGUCGACGCCUGCAGUUUGGAGAUAGAGAGGAAGUAUGAUGUCAUCCCCGCCGUCAUCUGCUCCAUGUGUUGCCUGUUUGGCAUCAUCUACUGCUUCUUUGGUUACCGCUGUUUCAAGGCUGUCAUGUUCCUGUCCGGUCUGAUGUUUGGCUCCGUCAUCAUUUUCUUGCUGUGUCACAAGGAGCAUGUGCUGGACACCCAGCUGAGCGUGGAGGCCAGUGCGGGUAUCGGCCUCGGUAUCGGCCUGCUGUGCGGUCUGGUCACUAUGCUGGUGCGAAGCGUCGGCCUCUUCAUGACCGGCCUGCUGCUGGGCCUUCUCCUGGCUGUUGCCGCCCUACUGGUCACUCAGCAGUUCUACACUCCAACCACAGUCUGGGUCCCACUGGGUUCACUUCUGGGAGCGGGCAUGCUGUUUGCUGUGCUGACACUGCAGUGGCAAAAGCUCUUCACCAUGCUCUCCACGGCUGUGUUCGGGGCAGCUAUCAUUACAGUGUGUGCUGAUUACUUUGUGGAGAUGCUGGUUUUGGCCACGCAUGUGUAUGAAUGCUUGCGCCUCACACCCGGGCCACCUCUCUGCUGGUACAGCUGGGUCAUUCUGGGCAUCUGGCCUGCCCUCAGCCUCAUAGGAGUACUGGUCCAGUGGAAACUGACGGAUGACAGCUUCUCACACACUGAGGUCGUUAUCAGUCGGAGACAGAAGAGAGUCCAGCUGAUGCGAAUUCGAGAGAAGGACGCCAAGAAGCGACAGCAGGCAGGUGGGCAGGAAGGCACAUACCGCCGUAAACCUACCCCAGUGAAACGUUACGCUGGGGAUCUACUGGCACCGAGCUACCUGCAAAGUCUGCGGGACAGACAGAUGGGCACAGGCACUUCCCUUAGCAGCCUGGGCACUGCCAACCACACCAUGAUCGACUUGGACUAUGACACCGGGUCCACCGCGCCCCUUACAGCUACAACCCCAGUCGUCAGGGUCUGAGCAAAAGGGACUACCUAGAGCUCUCUGGUUCUCCAACUUUGUCUUCUUAACAUAGAGUAGAAGCAACAAACUGAUACCCUCAGCUAAAGGUUUAUUGUGCCCUUAAAUUGGUUUGGAGAAAGAGGAUUGUUUGGUAAAAGAGAAUGCUGCUUUUUGGGGAGGGGUGUCACCUGUUUGGUGAAAGCUAUAAUAUAACCACUACAACUACUGUGUUUCUCAGAGAAACACUUAAAAACAGAUACUAACAAAGUAAGGUCCUCCAUUUUUUUCAUGAUGUAUUAAAUACAUAAAUAGCAAGUACGAGCCUCAAAAACUGUUCUGUUAUGGUAGUGAAGUGACGAAGCAAUUUGUUUUACAUUACAUGUACUGUACUUAAAAAGUUAGUCAUUGCCAUGAAGUGUUGUUAUUACCUGUCGUACCCGUUUAACUGUGUGCUCGUAGGAUUUGUGAAAGUUUCUCAUUAAAAUGACUGUGUAUUUGUUUAAAUGGAGUUUGGUUUGGUGAGAGAGUAAAAUAUGACGGGUGGAUACAUGUAUGACAAAGUGAAGCAAAAAAUAAACGGUGCAAAAAGAAAUACUUUGUAUAUCCCGUCAGAAUAGAGUAGGUGAAGAAUUUAGACUGUUGUGUAUGCUUGUGGAGUGAACUUUUUAUGAGUUAAUUUAUAUAUUGACUAAGUACAUGAUAGGGUUAAAAAAGGACAAAAAAACAAAGCAUGUUUGUUAAUUUGUAGAUUUCUAAAGAAUUAUCCAUUGUGAUGUUUGAAUUUUGCAGGGACAAUGCACUUGUUUCCUGAAUCUGUACAUACCUGUUGAUAAAAAUUGCAAAGAUAAAUAAAUGUGUUUCAU